AUGCCCGUCGGUAUUGAGGCUUGGGUUACUCAAAUACCGCCUGUCACCCGAGCAUGGCUCGCCCUCUCAGUGUUUACGAGCUUAGCUGUCCAAUGCCAGCUCGUGACGCCGCUACAGCUGUACUUUAGUUUUUCAACAGCAUUCACCAACUCACAGCCUUGGCGGAUGGUCACGACGUUCUUCUACUUUGGGACCAUAUCCCUAGACUUUAUAUUCCACAUGUUCUUCUUCAUGAGAUAUAGUCGGAUGCUAGAAGAGUCAUCGUUUGCCAACAAGAAAGCUGACUACUUUUGGCUGCUAUUCCUGUCCUCCCUGAUGCUCCUGGCUCUCUCUCCACUUGUAAACCUCCCCUUCUUGUCGUCACCUCUUGCAUUUGUGCCCAUAUACCUAUGGUCACGCCGCCACCCGUCAACGCCAAUCUCGCUCUUUGGCCUCAUCACGAUCUCAGCAUCUUACCUCCCUCUAGCGCUUGUUGGUCUUGCUUGGCUGCUGAAUGGCACAUGGCGAGCGGCAGCCGGGGAUCUUUUAGGGUGCGCUGUUGGCCAUAUUGGUUGGUUCGUGCGAGAUGUAUGGGCUAGGGAGAUGGCCGGAGGGCCUACUAUCAUGAGUGAGGCUCCCGAUGCACUGAAACGAUUAUUCGGAGAUAUUUAA